UCCCAGACCAGCAAAGCCAAGACCCCACACUAGCCCUACGGAUGUCACCUAAUACAAGAAAUAAGACUGCUCCCACCUUCUUGGCGAUGAAUAUACCGUACAAGGUAGCUACUAGUCAAACCUGGAGCCCUGUACACGGAUCACAUUCUGACUUCCAAACAGCAUGGUUGGUCAUUUACAUACUCACUCAAUUGGUCUCAAGUUAAAGAAGCGAAAGUGUUAUAUCAUGGAUGGGAUACCUAACGGAUCACAACAGUGUGAAGUACUUGACCUUUGUGGACUUGUGCAUUGUACGCACGUUGUAAGUUCUACACUUAACACAUAGGGUACGACAACCAUGAAGUUCAAAUGGUAUAUAACACUCUCCAUCAUCUGUACAAGACGUAGAUUUUAUUCCUCUUCUAUAAAUUCAUUAUCUAUAUAAAUGAUCAGUUCGUCUACAACCCAAUUUUCACUUUACUAAACUCCUCUUGUCUCUUUUCGACAAAAUUCAAAGACACCAAAACUCGGCAAAAUGGCAUCGGCGACUGGUUCCCGGAUAUUUACUAUCGCCGAUAUGACACCAGCAGCAUCUACACAGACAUUCACUCUGUUCCCUUUACUUCCGCCCGAAUUGCGUCUCAUGGUGUGGCAUUUUGCAUUAGCACAGCCACGCAUCAUACAGACACUCAUAUACCCACGCGACCGGAUUGACCACGCACUCCAGCAUCAAAGGUGUGAACGACCUGACGAGCGCGCGCACGAGAACUACAGCGUGAUCUUCUACCAGUAUCAGAGCAUUAACAAGCUAUCCCACGUCAAUCAAGAGUCGCGGCGUGCCACUUCGGCAUUCUAUCGGGUUCCCAUUCCCUGCUGGCUGACCACACCACCACGUGAUUACCAGCCCCUAUUCAAACCCGGCAUAUUCUACUUCAACCCCGAUUACGAUUAUAUUCACCAAGUAGGCUACCGCGACUGGAGUACAAUUGACAACCUCGUCAAGUUUAUUCACGAUCUGAAGACUAUUCAUGACCCUCUUCAUGUGGGUCUUCUUAACCUUGCCAUUGACUUUCCAACCCUGAAUGGACUGUGCCGGUUAGACUUCCAUAGUCUUGGCCCUUUGCUUGCAACAAGUUUUGCCGAGACUCUAAGUCGACUCCAGGAAGUUUUCUUUGUCUGGCCGGUAAAAAUACCCCAACGCAGCCAGCGACAUCUCGGCCGAGAUCAAGACCCGGGCUCGGGGUUCCAUGAUAUCAGGCGGGUACCUUCGCUUCCUGUUAUGGCCUGGGUACCCGGCUUCCAUCGUCUACACCAUGACCCCAGACCCAUUGAGCAUGACUUGGUAAUCAUCCUUGACACGAUGCAUGGUCGCCGAAACCCCUCUAUCAUAACCGCCAAAUGGGGAAAACUCCUACAGAAGCUUCGGGUCAAUCAAGUCGAGCUGCAAACGGAGCAUCGUAUUAUGACCCAAUUUGGUCGGCCCGAGGGUUACGAUUACGAGAGUGCGAACGAGUGGCUGGAUUCUGGGCAUUCCUGGUUUACAGAAAAGGGGUUUGUUAGUGAGCGACGGACUGAGGAAGUGAAACCCGCCUUUGGAUUCUGGCUAUUUCCGCUACACGUUUUUAAUAAACAUAGUAGCUCCAGCAUAGACAUUUGGCCUGAGUUAGCCUUAGCAGAUCUAUAUUGAUACUCUCAUGUCUUACAGCUGAGGGAAGUGGAUCACAACUAGUAUAGGUUCUCUAUACCAAUUUACUUACUAUUUACAAG